AUGUAUUUGUGUGGAGGGUUAUUCCGAUUGCUGAAGAAGUCAAUUUCUCGUGAAGAUUUACAAGAGGCGCAUACCUACUUGAAGUUGUUUGUCGCACAGGCACCUGUUCUUUAUGGUAUGUAAAAAUAAGUGUUCUCACUGGUUUGGAACAUGAAUAUUUACGAACAUACAAUUUUGUCGUGUGCGCGCUUGCUUACUCCAAAGUCUCUCAACAGAACGCCUGCAACGCGGGCUUAUUAUUUUUAUGUAGUCGGUUUUCUUUAAUGAACUGUGGUAUAUGCAGUAUCUACAGUACAAUACAUAUCUUAGUAUAUGAAUACCAAUAAUAUAAAACAUUAAAUCAAAUCUCAAAUAUUUUUGUUUUAGAAUUACAAAACGGCCAUAAAAACCAUUGUUAGAAUACCUCUUCAAUAACAAAUAUGCCUUUUCCGGGUUUGAGUUUUCAUAAAAGUGAAAACAAUGUGAAUGAAUCCUCAUAAUUCCCUUUAGGAAAAUUCGCAAGUGAGGCAAACAUGGCGAAAAAAUACAUUUUACUGUAUAUAUUUAUCAUUUCUUUUUCAGGGAAGCAAUUUCAGACAUUCAACGUGCACCAGCUUCUACAUUUGUCAGAGGUUGUUGAAGAUCUCGAUCCUUUGUGGUCGAACUCGUGUUUUCCUUUUGAAGACUAUAAUGGUGAUCUGCGAGAUUUGUUUCAUGGCACACAAAAUGUGGAUGGCCAGGUCAGUAUAUCUACAGUAUGCAUGUUACAGCGUGCUGUACAGUGGCAUUCGCUCCAAAAGUCGAAGAAACCAGCGUGACCAGGGUCUCUCCCUGGGUACGAGGUUGAUUGGAGACUCGUGAUUUGUCAGCUGCAUGCAUAAGCGUAUGAUAAAGUGCAUUAUAGUGUGCAAUCACUGUGUUUAGUCAAUUAGUCAUUAAAUUUUCUCGAAUUAUUAUUUUUUAUAGAUCGUAACAGCUGUGUCGAUCAUUCAAAAGUUACCUGAAAUUGCAAGAUCAACUACUACUUCUCCCAGCGUUACGGCAUUUUACGAGCAUUUGACAAGAAAGGGCCACCGAACAUGGUGAGAUUGUUACUCAAUCUAAAAUCUUUCGUACUAUGUAUACCUUGUGCCACAAUUAGUACAUGUUCAAACAGCUAAAGCAGCUACACUUAAUAAUAUUUAUUUGCUUUUAAUUUUUUUAUUUUUAGUUCCAAGAAAGAAAGAAUAUCUGAGUCGUUAUAUGUGGUGGACUCACUUGAAAGAGUAUGGAGUAAUUCAAAACUGCUUAGUAAAGAACAGUUGAAUUCUCUCCCAAAUAAUUCUGGGAAAAUAUGGUUAUUUCGACGGUUCCUGAUUGGUGGAACGUUGUUUCACAGUGCAAGCUAUAGAAGAGUUGUUGCGAGAAAUGACUACACUGUUGAGUUUGAAAUGAAUGGCGUAAAGAACUUUGGCACAAUUCAAGUUUAUGUAAAGGUUGAAGACAAGUGUUUUCGUCUCAGAAUCAGAGAUGGGCAAAAGUGUUUCUGUGAGCUUGCAUGUAGCUACUUUGCUCUUAUCGAAACGCUGGUCGAAGACGACCAACAGCUUCCAAUGUUCCGUAACAAUGUAGUAGUGAAUCACAUCAGGAAG